AAGUCUUGCAAACUCGCACCACAGCGAUAGCCCCCUUUCUUUCUUCAGUUCAAGACCGUUUGCCUUCCCUUUUUUAUCUACACCCUUUCAAUUUCUGCUUCAAACAUGAAGCUUCGAAUUCGAUCCCUAGAGUCCAAGCAAACAAUCCGCGUUGAGAUCGCAGGUGACUCCUCUCUCCUCGACCUCAAAACCCUAAUAUCUUCCAAGCUCUCCUCUUCUUCUCCUUCUCCAAUCCCUCCCAAAUCGAUCUCCCUCUCUCUCAAUCGAAGAGAUGAGCUCGUCGCUGAUCACCCCUCAGAUUCCCUCCGAUCCGUCGGCCUCACCUCUGGUGACCUCAUCUUCUAUACCCAAACCCUAACCCCAACAAAACCCACUUCGGAAACCCUAACCCUAGCUUCUGACCCAGAUCACGACAUGGAGGUAGAAGCUGAAAACAAGUCUGAAAUCCUAACCCUAGACAAUCCAAGUUCCGGUCAAACGCUAACCCCGGAAAUCCCCAAUUCCGAUGAAACCCUAGCCCUAGUUCCUGACCCAGGUCAAGAAAUGGAAGUAGCGAUGGAACCUGUUGAGACUUCUUCGUCGGAGAAAUCCCCGUCCCCGUCCUUUCCCUGUUUCCUUAAGAGGGUUAUGGAGUUGGAGAAGGAAGAGAUCAAGGGGAACCUAGGCUUCCUUGUUGUCGCUGUUCAUGCUGUUUUCUUAGAAUCAGGCUUUUUGGUCUGUAGUGGAGAGGAUGGGUCUUGCUUGCCCAAGGAUUGGAACUCAGGAACUGCUCUGCUUUCAGUACAGUAUACGGUUCCUGCUCUAUUGGGUCAUAUUCAGGAAAGGGGCUUUAAAGUUGCAACUUUGAAGUUUUCUGUGAUGAAGUAUCAUGUCUCGGUUUAUGGGUAUUUGAACAGAGAACCUGACGUUUAUCGGCUCCAUUUGGAUCUAUCAAAGGUGAUGGCUUUAUUGGUGUUCUUGGGUGAUAGGGUCAGUAGAGAAGAAGAAAAGGAAGUGUUUCAGUUUUGGAAGACUGUAAAAGAUGGUCUCUGUUUGCCUUUAUUGAUUGAUAUAUGCCAGAAGAAUGGAUUGCCUCUGCCCCCGUGUUUUGCUCGUCUUCCUACAGAGCUUAUAUUUAGGGUCUUGGAGCUUCUCCCUGGUGUUGAUAUUGCUAGGUUUGGAUGCACUGGUUCUGAAAUGAGGUAUCUCACUUCAAAUGAAUCACUCUGGAAGAUGAAAUUCAUGCAGGAGUUUGGGCAAGGGAAGGAGAGUGAAAUUGCAUCAUUAAGCUCUUGGAAAGCUAAGUUCAAACGAUGUUGGGUCAAUAAACGAGAUGGUGGUAAAGCUGGGAGGGCUCUGAUGGAUUACAUACAUUUCCCGAGAAUCUCAAUGCCAAGGUAUCCUCCAUUUGCACCACAGGGGUUUCCGGUUGUUGGUGGAGAUUAUGACCGGUUUCCUGCUAUUGGAGGUCUCGGUCCAAUAGGGUCCGGAUUAGGAUAUCCUCGUAACCCUGUGAGGCGACAUUUUUCACCUAACUGUAAUCUUGGUGGCAACUUCAUGGGGUGAAAGUUUUGCUUGCUCAUCGGCAGAGUUAAAGGUUUUCAGAUGACAAGUAUUGAUCCUGAGCCUCCUGGCUUCCUAUGGUGUGCCUGAAGGCGUCCCAUGAGGUAAUCCUCCAUCCUUCAAUCCCUCCCUUCCUCUUCCUAUUACUGGUGAUGUCAUUUUCUGUUCUUCUCGUAAUUCCUGGAAUGUAUGACAGAUUCUGUAGAAAAUCUCCUACGUGACCAUUUAUGUUAAUAUUCUUCUUCCUAGCUCUUUAAUGAUAGUAUGUGGACAGAGCACUUAUGGAAUGUACGACAGAUUCUGUAGAAAAUCUCCUACGUGACCAUUUAUGUUAAUAUUCUUCUUCCUAGCUCUUUAAUGAUAGUAUGUGGACAGAGCACUUAUGGAAUGUACGACAGAUUCUGUAGAAAAUCUCCUACGUGACCAUUUAUGUUAAUAUUCUUCUUCCUAGCUCUUUAAUGAUAUGUAUC